UGGGUUUUUGCAGCUCGGAACAACUGAUACUGACGUGAAUGUUAAUUCCUCCUUGAGCUCUGUUAGCUUACAUUUUAUGGAAAAGUUGGCAUAGAGAUUUGAUAGUAAGUAGGUCUCUGUCCAAUUCUGCAGCUAGCAGACAAUAUAUUUCUUGAAGUAAAUGGUUAAACAGUCCCAAAUGCGAUCGUGACUAUGAGUGAAACGGAGAGGAAGCGUCCGGUCAUUGCUGGUAGAGAAAAAGGGCCAGGGCCUGGUCGAUACAUCCUUCCACCGGCUAUCGGCUUUGUAGGCCACGAUUUUACCAAGUCAACGAGUCCUGCCUUCUCUUUCCAUGGCAGGAUGAGUAACAACAUGCAUAGCAUUGACUGUAGUCCAGGGCCUAAAUAUCAUAUUGAUGCCAAACUGACUCGCUUUGGAAGGGACGGCACUCCCGCCUAUUCCAUACAUGGCAGGAUGGAAAAUCGAGGAGGAACCUUCUCCACCCCUGGACCAGGAGCAUACAGCCCUGAGAAAGCCCCUCUGUGCAGCACCCAUCGCAAACCACCGUCCCACACCAUGGGCUGCCGCACUCAGUAUCGCACCGUGGACACCGUGCCCGCCCCCAACAAAUACACCCUCCCUUCUCUCAUGGGCUCCCACAUCCUGACCAAAACAUCCAGUGCCAGUUACACCAUCUCUGGGAGAUGCACAUCUGGAGGUCCGGCCGAGGACUUAUCCAAGACUCCAGGUCCUGGUAGAUAUAACCGCACAGAUCCCAGUGUCUACCUCCCGAGGCAGCCUGCGUUCUCUAUGUUGGGCAGACACGCUGCUGCGAGGGAGUCCACACUUGUACCAGGUCCUGGAAGUCAUAACCCAGAGAAAGUGACAGUGCACAAGCCCAGACCUCCUGCUUUCUCAUUAGGGGUCAGGCACUCAGAGUUUGUGACCCCUUUAGUGGUAGAUUAGUAGUAUAGACCAUUUUGGUGUUUUGUGGGCGGAGCCUACCUGGUGGCAGAAAGCAAGUGUGGGGUCUCUGCUGGUUGGAGUAAUGGGCGUGGAGAAAGGUAUUUCUAAUUGUUGCGAAAGCUGUCUGUCAGGGUUUCGGGUGGGUUAGGGUUAAGUUUCUGUUGUCGCAAUUCACCUUUCGGUACGCCCAUUACUCUGACCAGCAGCUAUCCCUGUUUUGCAGAACAGGAAGCUGUAGGAACUGUGGAAGCAAGCCACGGAAUAAAAAUAUUAAAAAGGUAAUUGCGAGUUUAUAUCUCACAAUUCUGACUUUUUCUUGCAAUUCCGAGUUUAUAUCGCAAUUCUGAGAAGAAAACAUCAAAUUCAUGCUUUGAUAGUAGGCUAAUCAUCACAGGUUUCAUCAGUUCAGUCUGUCCCGUUUAAUGGCUUGCAACUAUAAACAGCUUCAAAAAUUAAGAACAUCUUUUUUUGGCAUUCCGAAUUCAUGCAUUUUUCCUCUUUUUGCAUGGAUCUUGUCCAUUUUCUUCCUUGUAACCAGUUUUUCUGCUACCACAACAUGUGCGCAACUGUAGUGAUGCAACUGUGCCGUCUACUUCAAAAAUGGUCUAAUUUGAAGGCUGUAUAUGUAAAUACUACUUUUCCUGACUUUUCAUCCAAAUUUCAUCGCAUUCUUAAAAAUGUUUGAUAUUUUUCAUACAGUGAUCUCUGAUGUUGGAAAUAUUCAGCAUUCUCACACCAUUUGACCAAUGAAUUUCCAAGAAUGUUCCUGGUUACUUUUCCACACACUAAAUAAAAUUGCUGAUA